CUUCAACCCAACAAAAACAAAAACAAAGCAAAAAAGUCUCAGCUUCCCUUAGAUUUCUUCUUCGUCUUCCUCUCACACUGAACUUCUAAUCCAAACACAACACUUCAAAUUGUUUCCAUAACCUAAUUUCACCGAUCCAUUCGAAUCCAAAAUUUACUCAAUGCCACGUCAUCCUUUUAUGUGCAUGUAAAACGACACAUAAAAUUUGAAAAAAAAUGGCGUCAAUCUCUUCUAGUCCUCGUAGUGUAGAGGAGAUCUUUAAGGAUUAUAAUGCUCGUCGUACUGCUCUUGUUCGCGCUCUCACUUAUGAUGUUGAUGAAUUUUAUACCAAAUGUGAUCCAGAAAAGGACAAUUUGUGUUUGUAUGGACACCCAAACGAAACUUGGGAAGUCGCUCUACCGGCAGAGGAAGUUCCUCCGGAACUUCCUGAGCCGGCAUUAGGGAUUAAUUUUGCUAGGGAUGGAAUGCACCGUAAAGAUUGGCUUUCGCUUGUUGCUGUGCAUAGCGAUUGUUGGUUGCUUUCUGUCGCAUUCUACUUUGGUGCUCGACUUAAUCGGAAUGAAAGGAAGCGUCUAUUUAGCCUGAUAAAUGAUAUACCCACCCUAUUUGAAGUGGUUACCGGAAGGAAACCAGUAAAAGAUAAGCCCAGCAUGGACAGUGGAAGCAAGUCUCGGAACAGCACUAAGAGAUCGGUUGAUGGACAAGUAAGAAGCAAUACUAAGUUACAAGAAGAAAAUUACGGGGAGGAUGAAGACGACGAGCACGGUGAGACCCUCUGUGGGAGCUGUGGAGGAACUUACAACCCAGACGAGUUUUGGAUAGGUUGUGACGUAUGCGAACGGUGGUAUCACGGCAAAUGUGUGAAGAUAACACCAGCCAAGGCAGAAAUGAUCAAGCAAUACAAAUGCCCUUUAUGCAGCACGAAAAAGGGUAGGCAGUGAUAACAAACAGCUCGGGAUGGGGACCGAGCAGUUAACCCCAUUGUUUCGUACACUGACGGGCGAUAGUUAAUCCAUUCGCCUUUUUUGUUUUGGUUUCUUCUAAAUGGAGAUAAAACAAAGGGGUGUCUUGGCUUUUUGGUGCCAUAGCGUUUAAUCAAAAACGGGAUAUUUUCUAGUGUUUGAACUUUUUCUGAGGCUUUAUGGUUUUAAAUAUAUGCCUAAAAAGAUCAAUGAUCUCAAGCAGCAUUUAAUUUA